GUUCACGUGAUUUGUGCGUGCCUUGCGUCAGUCAGCAGGAGUCAGGAGGAGUCUGCAGCCCUUCGUGAACAUUACCAGCAACAGACUCUACAAAAUGGACUUUAACGUGAAAAAACUGGCCUCUGGGGCUGGACUAUUUUUCACACGAGCGGUCCAGUACACAGAGGAGAAGCUGGGCCAGGCGGAGAGGACCGAGUUGGAUGCUCACUUUGAAAACCUGAUGAGCCGCGCCGACUGCACCAAAAAUUGGACCGAGAAGAUCUACAGACAGACUGAAAUCCUGCUGCAACCAAACCCAAGUGCCAGGAUUGAAGAAUUUCUCUAUGAAAAGUUGGACAGGAAGGCUCCAUGCAGAGUCACUAACGCAGAGCUCCUGGGUCAGUACAUGGAGGACGCUGCCCGCGAGUUUGGAGCUGGCAGUCCUUAUGGUAGUACGCUGAUUAAAGUUGGGGAAUGUGAGAGACGUCUGGGUGCUGCAGAGAGAGAGUUCCUCCAAACGGCCUCCAUAAGUUUUCUGAACCCUCUUCGAAAUUUCCUUGAGGGUGACUGGCGAACUAUCUCAAAAGAGAGGCGUCUUUUGGAGAACCUACGUCUAGACUUGGAUUCCUGUAAAGCCCGUUUAAAAAGAGCCAAAUUUGCUGAAGCCAAAGCCACGGCUCCAGACUUCCAGGAGACCAGACCACGCAACUAUGUGCUGUCUGCAAGUGCCUCAGCGCUCUGGACUGAAGAAGUUGAGAAGGCUGAACAGGAGUUGAGAGUGGCCCAGACAGAGUUCGACCGACAAGCUGAAGUUACUCGAUUGCUGCUGGAGGGAAUCAGCAGUACGCAUGUAAAUCAUUUGCGCUGUCUGAAUGAGUUUGUGGAGGCCCAAGCAGUUUACUAUAAGCAGUGUCAUCUCCAUAUGCAAGAACUCCAAAAAGAACUGGGAAAACUUCCUAAUGCCUUUGCCAUAAACUCCAUUCACUGUAUGGGAGCUGGAGGUUCAGCUGAAGAUGGUGAGAAGAGCCCUAUAGAAACAGAUACACUUAAGAUCGAAGAAGUGCAGGCGCCGGCUACGGGAACCCGCAAGGCCAAAGUUCUGUAUGACUACGAUGCUGCCGACUCAAGUGAACUGUCAUUACUAGCUGAUGAGCUUAUCACAGUUUACACGGUACCAGGGAUGGAUUCAGACUGGCUAAUUGGAGAGAGGGGAAAUCAGAAAGGAAAAGUGCCUUGGACGUACCUUGAAUUGCUCACCUAAGAAACUGUCUCUGACACCAACAAAUAUGUGUCGGCACAACUAAAGCCAUGGCUUUUUCAAUUCUCUUAUAUCCCCCACAGUUCACCGGCAUUCCUUCUGAUUGAGCAACUCUGGCUAUAGUUGUUAUAAUAGUGACAUCAUUCCCAUUUGUACUGAAAAAAUUUCACUUUUGCAUUCCUUUUCCAUUUUUACAUGUACUAUGUUAAUGCUUUAUUUAUUCCCUGUAUUUAUUGUUAGUGAAAGAUAAUUGUUUUUUUUUUAAUUACCAUAUAGCACUUUUUUUUGAUGUCUUAAACCUGCUGAAGUUGUCUGCUGCCAGAAGGGCAUAUUCUUGUUUCUAUCUUUACUUCAUUCUUUUAUUGGCUUUUAUAAUCUUAACUGCAAUAACAAAGCUGUUAUGUCUACGAUUCAUAUUACAAUUUCCAGUAACACAUACAAGUAGUCAAUCAGUAACGUCAAUGUUUCUAUUAUCUCCACUGUAGACACAAGCUUUGAGUAUAGCAGGGACUAUUGCAACACUCUGCUCUGUAAUCACAUGCAGCAUGACAAAAGUAAGUUAGCUGUGCUCCAAGCGAUCUUUUCACAGCAACUAUGUCCAGUAAAGUAUCAAUUUAAAAAUGCAUUACACAUCACCUUGAACAAAAGAAACAUGUAAGAACAAAAUAUUUGUUGUACUGCAUUUUGCACACAAGAUGUUAAAUGGCAAUAAGAAACAGCUUUACAGCCUUGUAACAUUCCCAAACCCUUUAACAUAUCCCAUAAUAGUGAUGAUAUAAUUAUUAUAUACUGUUUAGAAAAACAUUCUUGGUCAAUAUUCAGGUUGAAAAUACACUGUUACUUUCAACACAUGGUUACUUAAUCCUCUUGCACAUGGGCAAAGCUGGAGCAUCCCACUGCUGCUUUAUACUUGUCAUUUACACUGUCUGCCUUGCUUUUUAGUCCAGUAAGAGUAAUAUUUGGUAGAGAUUUAUGAUACUAAAGCAGAAAUGCCUUAAGAUGAAAAUUCCCAUAUUGACACAAUCUUUAAAAAAAAGUCUUUUAUUUAUGAAACACUGAAGAUGUCAUUAAAUUACAGCAAUGCAAACAACACCCUUCAUCACUUGCCUUACAAUUCCUGAAUGAGUAAUACAGUUACACAAUAGUUAUGGCAUGCAACUAUCUGUUCUCAACUGUGCGUGUGUCAGUGUUUUGUUUUCUGAAGAAAUUAUUAUGAACGUUUGCUUUUUUGUCUUUGUCAUAAUGUCUAUUAUUGUCCGGUAUGCGCUAUGUCUUAACAGUUUGUCCAAUUGGGAAUACCAAAAAUACAUGCAUGCACUCAAAUGUAAUGUCUUCAAUGAUGCCUCAAAUUGUAAAAUAUUUACCUAGAAUGUCACUUCGGCACAUAAACGAAUGUAACAUCAUAAACCUGUUCUACCACACCAGUUUCUGUUUUGUUACAAGUUUCAUCAUUUCUGUACCUCAUCUUGGUUGGUUUGUAUUAUUUUACUUGAUUGCCUGUUCCUUGAAACACAUAAUGGACUGUUUUGCAUUUAUUAAAAACUAAACAUGGUUA